AUGUCAUUAUUUAGUAAUACUAAUAGUGGUAGCAAUCAAAGCACAGGAUUCUCGAGUGUUAAUUCGAAUGUAGGAGGUAACAAUUCUGUGGGCACUUCGAACGCUUCCAGUACAUUGCCAACUUCAUCUAAGAAAAUUGGAACUGGAUCGCUUCUUAGAGAUCUUCUUGAGUCUGCGAGCAAUUUCCCCAAGUCAGAUGGGAUUUCCGAUCUUGGUUCGAUCCAAUUGACAAUUCCAGAGUUGCAAAAGAAGACGAAUCAACUUCGCCAUCACACCUCCAAAUCACCAUCUUCAUUCACCAGAGCACAUUACUUAUUAGCAUCAAGUGGUAUAUCAGCAGAUGAUAUCGAAACCGAAUUGAACUCCUUGGGCACUCAAGAGAUUCAAAAUCAAUUCUAUGGCGGCGGAUUCGGAGGUGGAUUUGGAGGUGGUUACCAUGGCCCCAAGGGAGGUUUUGGAGGUGGGUUCGGAGGUGGAUUUGAUUGGGAUGACAACAGAGGUGAUGUCCACGGUCAACAACAAAGUGGAGAAUUUCAUAGAGCUUCAGACGGUAACCUAGACAAUUACCUUGACAGUAAGAAAGACGAAAAUAUCUUGGCCGCUAUUGAACUGUCCUUAACUUCUGCUUCUAAAGACUUCGACAGCUUUGUUGCUAGAAACAUUUCUAUUGAUUGGAAAGUAAGGAAGGAUGAAUUAAGGAAAACAUUUGGCAUAGUAACAUCUGCGAGUUCUCGGGGCCUCAGCUCAGCGAGCAACCUAAGCGAUGACACCUUCAAGAAAAGCAGCAAAGGAAGCUUCUCGUGGAACCAACCCGACUCAUACAACUACCAUCUCCUUUCCGCCCUUACAUCUAAACCUUCAUCAACUUCAUAUUCAUCUAAGCAAUUGACAAGGGAUAAGUUUGAAAGCCACGGCCAAAUCGUGUAUCAAUUGAACGAAGCUAGAAUAUCUGAGCAAUUCUUCCCCCUUGCUAUGAGCUUUGAAGAAGUAAGCAAAUCUAAUUCGGAUUUGAAAUCAAGACAAGUUGGAGAUUCUUGGAAGAUAUUGGUCAAUUUGACCGACGAGAAGACUUCCAAAUUGAAUCAAGAAAAGAAGUUCAGUGAUGUCCCUUACAAAAAUCUGGUAAUAAGGACCAGUAGAUCAUACUUGGAAAACCAAUUUUACGAUUACAUUGAUCAUUUUUACAACAAAGACGAAGAUAAGAAUAAGUUACCUCCAAGCAAUGUCAACAAGGUUAUUCAUUUUAUAAACAAGGUAACUAAAUUUGAAGGCAAAGAAAAUAGCAAUACUUUGCUUAUCAAUGGAGUACCAAUUUGGGCUUUGAUCUUUUAUCUCUUAAGAUCGGGUCUCUAUUAUGAGUUGAAUGAUAUAGUUGCCAAGAACCAAUCUUCAUUCGACAAAUUUGAUAAAAAUUUCCCCAUCUAUUUGAAGAAAUAUCUUCAUGAAGGUAAAAACACGUUACCAGUCGAUCUUGGAGAAAGACUUCAAAGUGAAUUCAAUCAACAAUUCCAGUUUAUCAAUGAAGAUUUAGUUGAUACAUAUGAUACUUAUAAAUUUAGUGUGUACAAGAUUAUUGGAAAGUGUGACUUAAUCAAGAAAUCAUUACCACGUUCUAUUAAUUUGAGUAUCGAAGACUGGUUGUGGUUCCACUUGAGUUUGAUUAAUGAAACUGAAGGCGAAAGUGGGAAUGCUCCUUCGACCUCUUCUUCUACACUUAUCUUUGAAACGUAUACACUUGAUGACUUGCAGAAGAAAGUUGUUCUGUUAGGAUCAAAGAAGUUCAAUGCAUCUUCAAAUAAUCCUUUGUAUUUGAAAAGUUUGAUAUUGACAGGUUUAUAUGAACUUGCCGUUCAGUAUACUUAUGAGUAUAUAGAUGAAUGUGAUGCAGUUCAUUUAGCCAUUGGGUUGGCAUACUAUGGAUUAUUGAAGACAACAACUAACAUAAGAGGCGCCAAGCAAGAUAAUUUAAUGAUCGUAAACAGCGAAGGCGAAUUUGAAAUAAACUUCAGUCGUUUACUAGGAAGUUACACCAGAACUUUCAAGAUUUCAGACCCUAAGGUUGCCUGCCAGUAUGCCAUACUCAUUGCAAUGGAAGGUGGAAACAAUGUUGAAAUAAGUCACGAAGCCAUAAGAGAACUUAUUUUGAUAUCUAGAGAAUUUAGCAUGCUAUUGGGUUCCAUUAACUCAUUAAACGGAGAAAGACUGGCAGGAAUAUUGGAAAAUCAGAGAUCAUUGAUUGGAUUGCAAGACUUGGAAACUUUUUACCAAGUUAUAAUUGAAAAGCUGGCAAACAGAUGCGAGGAGGAAGGUAGAAUAUUCGAUUCAAUUUUACUCUAUCAAUUAGCUCAAGAAUACAAUACUGUAAUUGUGUUAUUGAGUAAAUUAUUAGGAGAAAUUCUUUCUACCACUCCCCUCGACCAAGCAUUGCUAGUUGAAGGUGUAGACACGGCCGAUAAUAAUGUUAUUUUGUUGGCUAAGCACAUCUUGACUACCUUCAAGAAGAAUACACACAUUUUGGACUCGAUUUCGCCAACUAAAAAGGAUAGCUGUGACUUGUUAAUAUCAAUUGUCGAAGUGAGAUCUUCAUUCUUGAAUAAAGAUUGGUCAAUGACAUUACAAAAAAUAUUAAAUUUGGAAAUCAUCCCUAUCCAUGCAAAGCUGGAUUUGAUCACUAUAAGGAAGAACGCUGAAUUGGUGUCCAAUUCCUUGGACGAAAGUGUUAUUAAGGUAAUCCCAUCGUUAUUGAUAAUGAUUAUGACCAGUAUAUCACAGUUGCAUUAUUCCAUAUUGACGCAACGUUAUAACACAUCUGGCAACCAAAAGGAAGAAUUGGAAAGGCUCCAUAAGAUGGCUAAAAACUGUAUGGUUUAUGCCGGUAUGGUGCAGUAUAAGAUGCCAAGGGAGACCUAUAGUCUAUUAGUGAAUCUUGAAGCUCUUUUGUAG